CCUACUACUUUUUGGUUUAUUCAUAGGAGUUAUGCUGAAAAGGAGAGGGUUGCUGUGGCUUGCUAUCUUGAUAUCCCUGUGGGUUUCCUCAAAUGCUCAGGAUGGUGACAAGGAAGAGGAGACUACCUUUGAUUUACUUCAAGUCAGUAACAUAAACCGAAAGACAAUUGGAGCAAAGGUGUUCCGGGGCCCAGACCCCACUGUGCCAGCGUAUCGUUUCAUUCGGUUUGACCAUAUACCUCCAUGUAAACCGGAGAAACUAAAAAAGAUCGUAAAACUAAUACGGCAGAAUGAGGGCUUUAUCCUUUCAGCCACCCUGAGGCAGGACAGGCAAUCUAGAGGCACUCUCCUUGCUUUAGAGGGUCCUGGCAUCAGUGAGAGGCAGUUUGAGAUCAUUUCCAAUGGCCGGGCCAACACCCUGGACCUUAUCUAUUGGGUGGAUGGCUUCCAGAACGUGAUUUCCCUGGAAGAUGUGGACCUUGCUGACUCGCAGUGGAAGAACCUCACCGUGCAGAUAACCGGGGAGAACUACAACCUCUAUGUUGGCUGUGACCUUAUUGACAGCUUCAUCCUGGAGGAGCCUUUCUAUGAGCAGCUGAAAGCAGAGAGCAGCAGGCUGUACGUGGCGAAAGGGUCCACUCGGGAGAAUCAUUUCAGGGGACUUUUGCAAAAUAUUCAGUUAAUCUUUGAUACUUCAAUAGAGGAUGUUCUGCGUAAGAAAGGAUGCCAGAGAAGCCAGUCAACUGAAGUGAACACCAUCAAUGAGAGCACUGAAAUCCUUCACUUGAGCCCUGCUGUCACAACUGAGUACGUGGGUGAGAAACCAGAGAAGGCUGAGUUCUGUGACCGCUCCUGUGAAGAGCUGGGGUCAAUGUUCACAGAGCUCACUGGCCUGCGCAUCGUGGUGAACAACCUGGCUGAUAACCUCCAAAAAGUAUCUGAAGAGAACCAAAUUAUGUGGGAACUGAUUGGGCCUAACAAAACACUGAAGAACCAACCAGUUUGCUGGCAGGAUGGCCGUGUCUUUGCAGAUAAUGAAAGCUGGAUUGUGGAUAGCUGCACCAAGUGCGUUUGCCGGGAUUCCAAAAUUGUGUGCAAUCAAAUCACCUGCCCAGCAGUCUCCUGUGCUGAUCCAGCUUUUGUUGAAGGUGAAUGCUGUCCAGUCUGCUCUCACUCUGAUGACAGUGAGGAGGGCUGGUCACCGUGGUCAGACUGGACAAAGUGCUCAGUUACCUGUGGCUCUGGGACACAGAUGCGAGGAAGGUCGUGUGAUGUCACCAGGAGUGCUUGUACAGGCCCACACAUCCAAACAAGGAUGUGCAGCUUUAAGAAAUGCGACCAUCGCAUACGUCAGGAUGGUGGCUGGAGUCAUUGGUCUCCCUGGUCUUCCUGUUCAGUUACCUGUGGAGUGGGAAAUAUCACCCGCAUCCGCCUCUGCAAUUCUCCUAUUCCUCAGAUGGGUGGAAAAAACUGUGUGGGGAAUGGGCGUGAAACGGAGAAGUGUGAGAAGGUUCCAUGUCCAGUGAAUGGCCAGUGGGGUCCUUGGUCUCCGUGGUCUGCCUGCACUGUUACCUGCGGAGGAGGAAUUCGUGAGAGGUCUCGCCUCUGUAACAGUCCAGAGCCACAGUAUGGAGGAAAGCCGUGUGUGGGAGACACCAAACAACAUGAUAUGUGCAAUAAGAAGGAUUGUCCAAUUGAUGGGUGUUUGUCAAAUCCUUGCUUUCCUGGAGCAGAAUGCAACAGUUACCCGGAUGGGUCUUGGUCAUGUGGGGCAUGCCCGCAGUGUAUAGCUGUGUCAGAUGUUUGCUUUAAAGUGAAUCAGGUCCAUCGCUGUGUGAACACAAAUCCAGGUUUCCACUGCUUGCCAUGUCCUCCACGCUAUAAAGGAAGUCAGCCCUAUGGAGUAGGGCUUGAAGUUGCCAAGACAGAGAAGCAAGUCUGUGAACCUGAGAAUCCAUGCAAGGACAAGACACACAGCUGCCAUAAGUCUGCAGAGUGCAUCUAUCUGGGCCAUUUCAGUGAUCCAAUGUACAAAUGUGAAUGUAGGACAGGUUAUGCUGGUGACGGACGCAUCUGUGGUGAGGAUUCAGAUUUGGAUGGCUGGCCUAAUAACAACUUGGUCUGUGCUGCUAAUGCAACAUACCACUGUGUAAAGGAUAACUGCCCACUUCUGCCUAACUCGGGCCAAGAAGACUUUGAUAAAGAUGGCAAAGGAGAUGCCUGUGAUGAGGAUGAUGACAAUGAUGGUGUUGAAGAUGACAAAGACAAUUGCCCUCUUCUGUUCAACCCUCGCCAGUUUGAUUAUGACAAAGAUGAAGUUGGUGACCGCUGUGACAAUUGUCCCUAUGUGCACAACCCUGCUCAGAUUGACACAGACAACAAUGGGGAGGGUGACUCGUGUGCUGUGGACAUUGAUGGAGAUGACAUUUUUAAUGAACGAGAUAAUUGCCCUUACGUCUACAACACAGACCAGAGUGAUACAGAUGGUGAUGGAGUUGGUGAUCAGUGUGAUAAUUGUCCAUUGAUGCAUAAUCCAGACCAGACUGAUGUGGAUAAUGACCUUGUUGGCGACCAGUGUGACAACAAUGAGGACAUAGAUGAAGAUGGCCAUCAGAACAACCAGGAUAACUGCCCUUACAUCCCCAACGCUAACCAGGCUGACCACGAUCAGGAUGGUAAAGGAGAUGCCUGUGAUCCUGAUGAUGACAAUGAUGGUGUCCCAGAUGACAGGGACAACUGCCGCCUCAGAUACAACCCUGGGCAGGAGGACUCAGAUGGUGAUGGCAGAGGUGAUAUUUGCAAAGAUGACUUCGACAAUGACAAUGUUCCAGAUAUUUAUGAUGUGUGCCCUGAAAACAAUGCCAUCAGUGAAACUGAUUUCAGAAAGUUUCAGAUGGUCCCUCUGGACCCCAAGGGAACAGCUCAGAUUGAUCCCAACUGGGUUAUUCGCCACCAAGGCAAGGAACUGGUGCAGACUGCUAACUCUGAUCCUGGAAUAGCUGUAGGCUAUGAUGAGUUCAGCUCUGUUGACUUCAGCGGGACGUUCUAUGUUAACACAGAUCGUGACGAUGACUAUGCUGGCUUUGUGUUUGGCUACCAGUCCAGCAGUCGGUUUUAUGUUCUGAUGUGGAAGCAGGUCACUCAGACCUAUUGGGAGGACAAACCCACCAGGGCUUAUGGCUAUUCUGGUGUGUCACUCAAAGUAGUGAACUCAACAACUGGUACUGGUGAACAUUUAAGAAAUGCUCUCUGGCACACAGGAAACACCCCUGGACAGGUGCGUACUUUGUGGCAUGAUCCCAAGAACAUUGGCUGGAAAGAUUAUACUGCUUACAGGUGGCAUUUGGUUCACAGGCCUAAAACAGGAUUAAUAAAGGUUCUGGUUUAUGAAGGGAAACAAGUCAUGGUGGAUUCUGGACCAAUCUAUGAUACAACUUUUGCUGGUGGACGAUUAGGUCUUUUUGUCUUCUCUCAAGAGAUGGUCUAUUUCUCUGACCUCAAAUAUGAAUGCAGAGAUGCUUGAGCAAUGGUUGCUACAUUACCAGCAAAGUACUGUAGAUGCUAUGCAACCCAGACACCUCAGUACAACCUGGUACUCCCAGUUUCUAUUUUUGUGUACCUCCUGCCCUCUCUCCUCAUGCUCCACUCUCCAGGAUGCUUCCAGCCACCAGGAGUGCAUCAGCCACCCUUCCACCCAAGUGCCUUCUCACAGCCAGGACUAACGAAACCUAAACGUGAACGUCGGACCCACCACUGAAGCAAAAGCAGAUUGAUGCAUUAGAACACUUUUGUAGAGUGCAAACUUAGCAAAACUUGUUUGUUUGUUUACUUGUCUUUUUUAAAGAAUGACGUUUACAUAUAAAAAAUGUAAUUACUUAAUGUAUUUAUAUAUAUGGAGAAAAAGAGGGGGGGAUGAUGAUUAUCAGUUGUUACGUUUAAGUGAGGAAAAAUGUGUCUUAAUUUUUUGGGUGUUAUGGUUGACACUUCCUUGUUCUGAUCAAGACUGGACUUCAGUAACACAGAGCUUUUGGGGCUAAUUUUAGCAAAGUAAUAGAGGGCCACACCAAUAGUGAAAAUUACUUUGGAUAUUAAAGAUCAAUUAUUAGCGUGUCUUGAUUCAAAGAGGUGCUUAGUUGAUUAGGACAAUCUUAGGAAUACUUUUUAAAAUUAUUAUUGGUAGAACUGUCAAAUUUUCAACCUAAAGCAUUCUUUAGUAGGAGCUUUCAUUAGGCCAAACAGAAUUGAACUAGAAACUCUCAUGUGAAAGAGAAGAGUGAUUCAUUUAAACAUCUGAAGCUGUCACUAUUGUCUGACUUUCAAAAAAUUAUUUCCAGUUGCCUGUUUGCCCUGUUUUCAUCAUAUUCUGCAUUGUCUUGUAAUAAAGAAUAUACCAUAUCCAUGUGGAGCCAAAUGAACCUGAACCACUUUUCCACCUCUGCUGCAAAAAGCACUUUGACAUCCUGAAUCCUGAUGUGGGUUUUUGAAAAGGUGGCAAAGCCACCAUUACUUAAUUUGGUAACAUAUGAAUUUAAGGUUCCAUUUAUAAAUAUUUUGUUAGUAUUUAUUAUGAUUAUCACACCAAGCUACCUUCUCUGAUAAUUGAUUUUAAAGCAUAUAAUCCAUCAAUAAUACAUUUAGAAAUAAUGAUAUUUUAAAGCUACUUUUGAAAGCAUAUCACAAUAUGUAGAUAUUGUCAAAGCAUGGCCUGCACUUAAGUAUGGUUCCAUGGGUUAUAGUCAUGUAUACUUUAAAGUUAAAUGAAUAGUAAUAAGUAAUUUACAAAUGGAACCUUAAUAUAUACCCAGUUACCCUAAUUUUAAUAUUUUUGUGUUUUUACCUAUGUCUGCUGUAUAUAGAACUGUUUAAAUAAUGCUGAAGGGAUACCAGUGUUUAUUCUAAACAGAUACAACAGUUACUCAGAUAAACAAUAGUAUAGUCAUGUUUAACAUUCUUGUUUUGUUUAAGAUGUAUGAGCUUUGUUCACAAAAAGAACACAGGCUGAUGUAAUUUUAUUCAUAGAUGGGAUACCUGAUGGAAGAAUACAGUACCUCUGCCUUCUUCUAGGGCACAAUGAGCUAAAUAUUGAAUCAACUUUUUCUCCCUUGAAAUAGAUUUUGUGGCUAUAUUCAUUAGAAAGGAAUCAACAGUUGCUGGCUUUAUUGCACAUUUUAUAGUAUUCAUACUACCAAUUUUUUUUUAAAAAUUAUUUCUGUCUGUUUUGUUGCUGUUUUUUCUUUUGUUUUGGAUUUAUUUUUUUUUGUCUUCACAAAUCCUCUUAAUGAGGUUUUUAAAUAUUUCAGUUUCUUUUGGUGUUUCAGAUGGCAUCCCCAAGUUCCAAGGAGAAGGGAGGAUGACUUCAUUAAAUGUAAUGAGUAAUGGCUGUGUAGGGUUUUUUGUUUUGUCAGAGAGAGACAUCGGUUUAGGGAUGAAGAUGUUAAUAUUUGGACUGUAUCAUAAUUUUCCUAUUCUAUGUAAAUUAUUUAUGAUGGGUUUUUUUAAGUUUCUUUUUCUUUUUUCCUUGCAAGUGUGUGUGAGAGAGUGAGAUUGAUGAAAUUUCAUUUUGUUUUGCCAAAGAUUGUAAAUAAUUAUUUAUUUGUUUACAAGGACAGACAUUUAUCAAUUGAUGUCCUGAUUCAUUUAGUCAGAUCCUCAUUUUUAUAUAUAUAUUUUAAGAAAUUAAUAAUAGGAAAUAAAAUGUAAAAAGGUUUUAUAAUCCAAAAUCUCUUUACCUUUUUUGUAGUUACAGUUUUUCUUUAAAGAAAAUAUUCAAUUUUGCUAAGUCCUUAGUUAAGCCUCUUGCCUUCCUGUAGACCAGUUCAUUUCAAGCAAACCAGGAAAUCUGUUGCUUUGCUAAAAAAAUUACUUAGUGUCUUCUAAGGUUGUAAACAGCAGGUUUCCUAGUAUCUCUGACAAGACAUCAUUCCCCAUGAAGUCUUUAUCUGGCAAACAAUCACAAAUUUUAUUUAUAGUAUUGUGAAUGAGAAAUAUUGGUCCUGCUUCUCUGUAUUGUGUCUUGGCCCAUGUGUUUGAACAAAUAUAUCUUAUUUUGCAACUGCUG